UGCAAGUAAGAUUUUUCAUUGUAUCUGUAUCUCACCGUACAUGUGCAUAUGACAAUAAUCUUGAUUCAACUCGACAGAUGCCUUCCAGGUGUGUAAUUCUGAAAGCCUCAGAACUAAUCCUUUUUGCCCCAAGGAGAACAACUUCAGUUUCUUUUCAUUCGCAAGAAGCAAGCAGUCUUUCAUCUCUGGUAGCAUUUAAUGAAUCUCUUAUGCACUUUCUUGAAAUCUUAAGCACUCUUUUGCCUAAUUAGUAUUUUGUAAAGGUUAGCAUGACAUCCUUGUUUGACUGGCUUGAUUGUAUUCUUUGAAUCCUUGCAAUGGGUUUAUAUGAGUAACAUGGCUUCUAAAAUGAGUCCCACAUAGUAGACUUACAAAUAAAUCACAAGGAAUUUAAAAGACAUUGGCUUGGGAGAGAUGAAAUUGGCUGAGGAGCAGGAAGCAGCAUUGUCGUUGAAAGGUUAUGUUUGGUACUGUCAGACGGGAGUAGAAUUUUGUUGCAUUGUGGAGCUGGAAAGCAUCAUUUUCAAGUGCUUAAAUCUACUAAUCUCACCGUUGUCUUUCCUUCAUCUGUUUUUUAUCAUAAAUCACUUUUCCCAAUAUCACUUCCUUUAUUGAGAUACUGGUAUUUUCAGUGAAGAUAGUUAGAAAUAUCCAGUAUCCCAGCCACACUCUUUGACUCUACAAAAGGUUGAUCUUUCAAUUAGUUAACUAUGGACAACUGCCUUAUUUUGUAUAGAAAAUAGUCUUGGAUUCAGCAGGAUUGUUUAACCGUUUAUGUAAAAGAAAGACCGAGUAGUUUCUGUUUUAUUUUCGGAAAUUGGUGAACUCUGUUCGGACUAGUGGGAAAUGUAUUUUUACAAUCCAUAGGCCUGAGGAAUUUGGCCUAAUCUGGUCCUUGUUUUGUAGUAUUAUUAGCUAAGUUUCCCUCAAAGAAUAGUUAAACAAAAUGCUUCCAGGUUUAGAUAUUUAAUUAGAUAUGAAGCUUGUUCUAUAAAUGUUUUAAUGUCUGGAACUCUGAAUCUGCAAGUGGUGACUUCACUCAAGUAAACAAAUUUUAAAACCGCAAUUUAUAGUUUCUUGCCAAAUGUUUUACAGGGAAGAUACACAGAUCUAUUCAUUACUAACUCCAUAUGAAAUGGUUUAUUAUACCAGACAAGCCAAAAAAACGUAGCGGGCUGCUGAGAGUUUAAACAGUCCCCACCAGAUGAUUCUGGGUGUGUGGUUGAUAGCUUGCUGUCUUCUGGAAAGUAAUGUUCAGAGGACCAACCAGUGCUGGAGCUCAACUGUCAAAUCACAUGGGGUUGUUUAGCCUUUUACCUUACUUGGUAAUUGUGAACAUCAUAUGUUUUCAGUUACUCUUUCAACAAUCAACAGAUUAUUUAUCGAGAAAACACGUCAAUGUCGCAAAGUAUAGUGAAACACCAAAUCUUGGAAAAAUGUUAACAAUAUUCUUUUGAGGCUUCAGGAUAUACACAUUUUCCUUAAAUAAGUUGGGAUGGAAAUUGUUUCAUGAUUGUGAGUCAUUUACUGCCUGCUAGUUCCACCAGGAAGUAAUUUGCUUGCUCUUGAAAGCUGCCUUUUACGCUGCUGCAACUAAAACUCCGAGAUUUGUCGGAAUAAAAUGACCAAACUGGUGAUUUCAAAAACAUGUGGAAUCUGAUGUGGAAGUACUGUAUUUCUGUGCGGACCAUCAGUGUGGAGGGUGAUGCUGCGGGAAGUGAGACUGGCACCUCUCUUGACAGCCCCUCAAGCUACAGCCACGGCCCAAUAACACUCAGCGCUGCCGCUAGCCCUGAUCAGUUCGAUGGUUCUUCAUUGGUAUCAUUCGCUAUCUCACCCGGUCAGCAACGUCCUCGGAGGCCAAAGCUACAGCAUUCCACCUCCAUAUUACGGAAGCAAGCAGAGGAAGAUGCAAUCAAGCGCUCAAGAUCUUUGUCAGAGAGCUAUGAACUCUCCUCGGAUCUGCACGAUAAACAGGUGGAGAUGCUUGAGCGUAAAUAUGGAGGACGUUUCAUAACGAGACAUGCGGCUCGAACCAUUCAGACAGCAUUCCGCCAGUAUCAAAUGAACAAAAACUUUGAAAGACUGAGAAGUUCUAUGUCUGAGAAUCGCAUGUCCAGACGCAUUGUUUUGUCCAAUAUGAGAAUGCAGUUUUCCUUUGAAGGACCUGAGAAAGUCCACAGCUCAUUUUUUGAGGGGAAACAGAUGUCUAUGACUGAUGAUGCAGGAAAAUUAGGAGCUAUCGUUCAAUCAGAUUGUGAAGAUCUCGGAGAUUCAGCAGUGAUGAAGUCUCCAGCUAAUAACAACGAUUUUGCAGAUGCAAUAACUGAGCUUGAGGAUGCAUUCUCAAGGCAAGUAAAAUCACUUGCAGAAUCAAUUGAUGACGCACUAAACUGCCGCACCUUGCACACUGAUGAUGGGCAUCCUACUGAGCAGGCCAAACGUUAUAAAGAAAAUAUGCAAAAGGAUGAAGAGAUGGACAGUAUAUCUUAUGCUAAAUCUCUUCAUGAAGCUGAACGCAGAAAGUUGGAUGACAUGUCUGCGUCGUACAGUGAUGUCACUCUGUAUAUAGAUGAGGAAGAGCUUUCUCCUCCACUCCCGGUAUCGUUACAUUCUGUGGAUAGGCCAUCCAGCACAGAAUCAGAUUUACGUCUCCGUUCAAUAAAUUCUGCCCAGGAAUACUGGUCCAUGACCCACAGGGAUGACAAACUGGACACGGAUACAAGCUGCAGGAGCACCCCUUCCUUAGAGUGUCAGGAGGCGAGGCUUCGUAUUGAUCACCUCCCUUUGCUAACGAUUGAGCCGCCCAGCGAUAGUUCAGUGGAUUUAAGUGACCGUUCAGAAAGAGGCUCGCUAAAGAGACAAAAUGCCUACGAGCAAAAUCCCAAUAGCCAGCGUGGAAGUCCCAAACACAUAACACACAUAUCACAUUCAAUACCCACUAGAAUACACCAUCGUGAUGAAGAAUCUGCUCGCCAUCGACCACGUCAGAUUGACAGCCAUCUUGCUAUAAACGGUUCAGCAAAUCGACAAAGCAAAUCAGAGUCUGACUUUUCCGAUGGGGAUAAUGACAGUAUCAAUAGCACUUCCAAUUCCAAUGAUACGAUAAACUGCAGCUCAGAAUCCUCAUCCAGAGAUAGUUUACGAGAACAAACUUUGAGCAAACAAACAUAUCACAAGGAAACACGAAACAGCUGGGAUUCGCCUGCAUUUAGCAAUGAUAUCAUAAGGAAACGCCACUACCGUAUUGGUCUAAACCUCUUCAAUAAGAAACCUGAGAAAGGUGUACAGUAUCUGAUUGAGCGUGGAUUCGUUCCUGAUACCCCUGUUGGUGUUGCACACUUCCUCCUGCAGAGAAAAGGCCUCAGCAGACAGAUGAUUGGCGAGUUUUUGGGCAAUCGCCAGAAACAGUUCAACCGAGAUGUACUUGACUGUGUUGUUGAUGAGAUGGAUUUUUCAGGAAUGGAAUUGGAUGAAGCACUCAGAAAGUUUCAGGCACACAUUCGGGUCCAAGGCGAAGCUCAGAAAGUAGAACGUCUUAUUGAGGCUUUCAGCCAACGUUACUGUAUCUGCAAUUCUGGAGUAGUGCGACUGUACAGAAAUCCUGAUACAAUCUUCAUCCUAGCCUUCGCAAUCAUUUUGCUGAACACAGACAUGUACAGCCCAAAUGUGAAACCAGAACGCAAAAUGAAACUGGAGGACUUUGUCAAGAACUUGAGAGGUGUGGAUGAUGGAGAAGACAUCCCUCGAGAGACACUAUUAGGAAUUUACGAACGAAUCCGCAAAAGGGAAUUGAAGACAAAUGAGGAUCAUGUGUCCCAAGUUCAGAAGGUCGAGAAAUUGAUUGUGGGGAAGAAACCGAUUGGAUCAUUGCAUCAUGGACUUGGUUGUGUACUUUCACUACCCCAUCGAAGAUUAGUCUGCUAUUGCCGAUUAUUUGAGGUUCCAGAUCCAAAUAAGCCUCAGAAACUUGGCUUACACCAGCGAGAAAUCUUCUUAUUUAAUGACCUGCUUGUGGUUACAAAGAUCUUUCAAAAGAAGAAAAAUUCAGUGACCUACAGUUUCCGGCAAUCUUUUUCCUUGUAUGGGAUACAAGUUCUCCUUUUUGAAAAUCAGUAUUACCCAAAUGGAAUCCGACUUACUUCAGCUAAUGCAGGUGCUGACAUCAAAGUUCUCAUUAAUUUUAACGCCCCCAAUCCACAGGAUCGUAAAAAAUUUACAGAUGAUCUUCGUGAAUCUAUUGCAGAAGUUCAAGAGAUGGAAAAGUACAGGAUAGAAUCUGAAUUAGAAAAACAAAAAGGAGUUGUACGGCCAAGUAUCUCUCAACUAUCAGGCCUGAAAAAGGAUCCUGGUAUUGGUACAUUAAGCAGGACCAGUCUGGAUGAUAGUUAUACCACUGGGGAAGGUUUAAAGAGGACAGCCCUAAGCAGUUCGCUCAGGGACCUUUCAGAAGCAGGCAAGCGUGGGCGCCGCAGCAGUGCAGGAUCGCUAGACAGCAAUAUGGAAGGGUCGGUCAUUAACAGCCCUCAUGUACAUCGAAGAGUCAACCCAACUGCACGAGAAAAUCCAAUCCGUCCUCAUCAGACAAUGUCAAACUCAUCAUCAUUGCUUGGUUCUUUAUUUGGUGGUAAAAGAGGAAAAUCAUCUACGCAGGGUUAUUCUCUAGCAGGGCCAUCUCAGCAGCUCCAAUAUCCUCCACAUCAGCAACAUUCCUCAGCUAUACAUCACACAGGUCAGACAGAAGUACAGACACCGCAGCUACAUGCGCACCAUUCCCAAUUCUGCCACGUACAGCAAACACAGCCUCAACCGCCUCCUUAUCAUCACCAUCACCACUAUCACCCUCCUCAACAGUUCCCUCAUCAGCAUCACCAGCACCUACAGCAUUCCCAGCACGCGAGUCAUUCCCAGCACGCGAGUCAUUCCCAGCACGCGAGUCAUUCCCAGCACGCGAGUCAUUCCCAGCACACUCCAUACGUGCAACAGCACCCCCACGUAACACAUCCUCCUGUGCCCAUUUCCCAUUCACAGCACCCUACUCAUGCUCAGCACCCUCAGCAUCUCCACGGCCAGCAACCUCCAUCUGCUCCUACCACUAGCAAAACCAAACACACAAGUGGCAUAAGUACAAUAGUGUAGGAAGAAAGAAAAAAUAAGAACAUUCUGUGCUUGUAAUGUCACAAGAAAGCUGCACUGGCACUUACAAUUGCAGCAAUAUAUGAAUCUAACUUCCUAACUCGAAAGCACUUGAUAAUACUACUGCAUACUAUUGAUAGUAUCCGAUUGGAAACAUGGAAUUUACAGUUCCAGUACAAAAUAAGAAAUAAAAUAAUCUACAUUAUCCUUUAGGCUACCCAGGGGAAAGUUAUCCUAGGUUUCUUUCUUUGCCUUGCUUUGAGGCAGGCUGAAGCCUUCUGUGCAGCUUACCAUUCAGUGUUUGUGCUGUUCUUUUCCCAGCAGUUGUUUAUUUUUGUCUUUCCCUUGGUGUACUGUCUGUUGUUUUAUUAUUUCAAAUAUGGUAGCCUGUAACAAAAAACUGAUGUGGAUCAAAUGAUUUUGAAGUUGCUUUGUGACAAUGGUUUGUGACAGUGGAAGAAACCUUUGUGUAAACAGAACAUUGUUAUGGUGGCUUUGUUUGAAUUUUAGUCUUUAAUAGUUUAAUUGCACAUGGAAAGUAAUGUUCAGAAACCUGAAGUUGCAAAACAAGCCUCACUUUUUAAAAAGUUUCAAAUAAACUAUUCACAGAGACUUAAAACUGUAGAAUUUUGAGCAACAAUAAAUAAUGUCAGUAUUUAUUUAGCAGUAGCCCCUUGGUAACAAACACAUCAUAAAUAAUAUAUUAAGUGUGCCAACUAUAUCAUCACUUAAUAUUUUAAUCAAAAUCUGCUUCAUGUAUAACAUGCAUCUGCAGUUCUUUCCUACACAUGCAUACAGUAUUUUAAUAGGAAACGCUGCACACCUAUUUGACUUUAGUAUUGAAAUUAGUACGAUUAAUAUUAUAGGUGAGCUAACUAAUGAAAUUUAAUGCUGUUUGUUAUUAAGUUGGCAUCUAAUUAUCUGAAUUUGCCAUCCUUCAUUCCAAAGCACUGCUUAUCAGUUGGAGAUAAAUGAAGGUAAAAAAAUAUAGAAUAGGUCAAAAUUGAUCUGUUUUCAUACAGUAUAAACAAAACUUCAUGUACAUACACAGACAUUCAGAAGUCCGCACUGAGAGCAAUUAGAUGCUGAUAGCAAAACCUUCAAAGAUGAAAUUCCAUUUUCUUAAGAAAGAGAGAGAGAGAUAUAUUUUUUUGCUUCAAAGUACAUUGCACUCAGCAGGCUGAGUACAUCUCACACAUAUCAUUGUCAUAUUUGUUCCCAAAAUUUAAAUUUUGGUCCCUUUAUUUCAAAUAUGGAUUGGUGAUACCACCUAAUAUCAAAUUAUUGCAGCCAAUGCACUGUUGAAGUGACAGCAAUUGUAAACAUGCAAAAUAUUAUAUUUAGUGAUCAAAUGAAAGGUCUGCUAAAAAUAAAGGAACAUCAAUGGCAUGGACCUUUCUAAAGUAAGACCAGCUCUGACAUUUUUUCUAAAAAUAACAGGUUUCCCGACAUAAAUGCCAGCAAAUCUAUGAACUGAGCACUUUGUUAGCUGCCAUAGAGAGCAAAGACAGCAAAUAGAGUCUAGCCUUUUUUCCCUUGUUUUUGUUUCCAGUGUGUGCAAUAUUUUCUUAGUGCUACGAAGUGAGAAUAUAUGUCAGGUUUGUUAAUUUAAUCAUUCUUGAACAACUUGGAUCACAGUCUUAUCUUGGACUAAUUCCUGAGAUUGUGUUGCUUUCUGUAUAAAGAUUGAUGUUCUCAAUGAAGCAGGCUAUCUUGCAUGUCAUUUAAUGUUAAUGUUGUCAGGCUACACUCUACAUACUGUAUAUUUGCAACAUUUUAGUGUUAACAUUAAAUAUAGUUGAGGUAAAUUGAUCGCAUAUUAAAAUACUUAGACUGUUUCUUCAGACCUCUGUACUUAUAACUAUAGUCUAACUGUAAUCUAAAAUUUGUUCCAAAAAAGAUCUGGUUGCCAUUCUAGACAAUAGUGGUGGGGAGGGUUUUUCCAAGGUCCUCUAAGAAUUACACAAUAACUCCUUCAUGAAGACAUUUGUCUGUUACAUAUACUGUGCAUAAAUUGUUUGAGAUUAUCGUGAAUUUUCAUUGUAAAUAAAAAUGUAUUAAAUUAGGAAUAGUGUGGAUUAUUUUUUAUAUUUACUCUUAAAUAUCUGCAUUAUCAGUUGUACUGGCUUAUGUAUAGUGCUCGAGUGUUGAUGUGCAAAGGAGUUCAAAUACAUGGUGUAUGUCUUUUGUCCACAUCUUACUAAAGCAUAUUCUUUCAAGAAGAUGUUGGGUAUUUCAAAUUUUAAUUUAUGCAAAUAAAUUCCACCAAAUAAUAUCAGACUGAAAAGAAUACACUCUAUGGCUUGUAAUCCACCCACCUUAUCUUGCAGAUGUUGCGGACCUGAUCUUUUCUGGAAUAACACAACUAAUAUGUAUUUGUAUUGGUUUUUUUAAGUUAAGAAUGAAAUGUAUCAUAAUGUGAUUUGUUUUCGAUAAGAUCACUUUAAUAUUAGUGUACAAGUAUUGUAUUGCUUAAAAAGGAGAGAAAGCUGCAACCAUCUGAUGUCAAAUGUUUUCCCAUCUUGCAAUGCAUGCUGCAGAAGCCUCUUGCUUCUGGUAACAAAGAACUGAAUGAAAGUCAGCAAAUACAAGUAAAACGUUUGAUGUUCAAUUUACUGUCUCAUAUAAAACUAUGUGUUACUGCAGUCCAGCAUGUAUUUUAAGUUUGUACUCAUUGUACAAAAUCAUUUGACACUGCCACUUCUGCCUGCAAAUAUAGCAAAGUAAUUGUGUACAUAGACUAAAAAAGAAAUACCCUAUCUCAAGGGUGAGAUGGGAAAGGAAUGGGAAAUUAGAUUGAAGAGAGUUAAUAAAUAAACAAUUCUUUAAUUUGUAUAUAAUUGUAAAUUAGUUUUACCAAUGUCCAUAGUCAUUUUAGGGUUGUAUUACUUCUGUUCCUAUACUAUCGUAAUGCUUAGAUCUGUUGUACUUCUGUGGCAGCCAUGUCAAACUAUUUGCUUAUUGCAAGCAAUGAGUUCUUGAAAACAUACUAAUUGUCAUAUGCUUUCAAAAAUUCAUGCAUUGUAACUAUUUUGCAAAUCUCAAGAUCCAUUUUCAAUGUAAAAGGGGAAAGGAGUGGUUUCAUUUUAAUAUGCAUUAUAGUUGCAAGUAGUACACAACCCUAUCCAUGUCAAAAUAUGGCUGUGAUAAUGUGGAGAACGCAAAAUAAAUUAUACAGAAAUACUA